CAUGCCCCACUUCCCGAACUAGGUCCACUAUAAAUUAAAUUAAAUAAUUAAUAAAUGUUCAAUAUAUUUUCAUAACUGAACUGAUAAAAAGCACAUAUGGUGAGUAUAUAUUUUUUUUUUUUUCAGAUCGUAGUGCGUAGCAUUUUAUUUGGAAAAUCAUCCCUUUUUAUUGUAUAUUAAUAUUUUUUAUAAUUAAAAUAUUAAAUAUAAUUUAUUGAAAUUAGAAUUUCUAAUACUUAUAAAAUUGGGUAUAAAUUAUAGAGCAAUAAAAUAAAUGUAAAAAUUAAAAUAGAAAAUACAAACCUCGUUUUAUUCGGUGAACAAUGGUGAGGCGCUAUUUAAUUAUAUCCUAAAAUCAAUGUUGGAAGAAGUUCAUAAUAUUUGUAUUCAAAGCAAAUUACAUGCUAGCUCGAUAGCUAGAUCCUCUCUUAUAGAUGUACUAAUAAUAUACUACGUCGUACUAAUUCAUUAAUUUCCUCCAUUAAUUAAUAAUAUAUUCUUGUAUAUAUGUUUGUUAAUUAUUAGUUUAUAUAAAUAAAGAGAAAGGAGAUGAGAGAGAUCAUCACGUGGUUCACUACAUAUGAAUGUGUGAAUUGCACGUGCAUGGAUGCGUGACAAAAUAUAGACAUAGUAUUCUGUGUGAUCACGUGGGACGGUGCAUAUAUAUGCAUGGGGGGCAACACACAAUAUAUUUAUAUUCAUAUAUAUAACUCCUCUCCUCUCUUGGAUGGUCUAUAUAUAGACUAAUUAAUUUAGAGAUAUUGGCCAAUUAAUAUCACUCUCAUUAAUUACUCUAAUUAGUAUAAUAAGUGAUAAUUAAUAUGGAGAUGAGGAAAGUAAGAGGGUUUAAUAUUGGAGUAGUGUUGUUGAUGAUUUUGUUGGUGUGUUCUUGGGCGGAAGGAAGAGUGUGUGAAUCCAAGAGUCAUCAUUUCAAAGGGCUAUGCGUCAUUGAUCAUAACUGUGCCACCAUUUGUAGAACCGAAGGCUUCUCCGGUGGAAAUUGUCAGGGAUUUCGUCAACGAUGUUUCUGCACAAGGCAUUGUUAAUUAAUUAAUUAUAGCUAUGAUCGUAUCCUACCAUGUUUUUCUCUUAUUUCCUUAUGUCGUUUUUUAUAACUGUUGUCGUUUUAUGACACUUGUUCGUCCUCAAUGUUGUUUAAUGUUUCUAUGAAUAUUAAUGUCGUUUUAUGAAAUUGUUGUCGUUUUUAUCGUAAUUAUGAAUGUCCUUUUCGUACAAAUAAUGUCAUUUUCAUUGUUCUUUGCUUUUCCAAACAUAUUGUCGUCGUUUUCACUUGCAUUGUCGUUUGUAUAAAAUGUUGUCGUUUUCCUCAAAACGUUGCGCACAAUCUCACUGGAGAAAAGAUAUUAUGUCAAC